AUGGCCGCGCAGUCCAAACUGUCGGUGCUGACGCCGCCCAGCGACCGCACCAUCCGAUCCGUCGUCGCCAACCUCACAUCUCUAUACCUGUCGAAUCGCUCUCGCAUCUCCCGCGCCGUUUGGAUCACGCUCUUCGUCGCCCUCGCAAAUCGCAUUCGCCAUGCCAUUUCCGAGCAAAAGGCCGCUUCCCAGCGCGAGUCCUCGCAACGCGCUGCCCGCAGUGGUGUCACGACAUCCACGGGCGAGACCGAUGAGCCCGCAAAGAAGAAGAAGGUCGAGCUGAACCGCGAGUUCUUCCGCUCGCUGUUGCGCCUCCUCAAGAUUGUCAUACCAGGGUGGAAAAGCAAAGAGACGCGGCUGCUGAUCAGCCACUCGUUCUUCCUCGUCAUCAGGACGCUCAUCAGUCUGAAGGUCGCCGCCAUGGACGGCCAGAUUGUCAAGAGCCUGGUCAAGGGCAACGGGCGCGAAUUUCUGAUGCGCAUCGUCUGGUGGAUGCUUAUUGCGGUGCCGGCGACGUUCACCAACUCUAUGCUUUCCUACCAUCAGGCCGAACUCUCCCUCAAGUACCGCACGCGCCUGACACAGCACAUCCACGACAAGUACCUGUCCCAGUUGACCUUUUAUGGCAUUUCGGCGCUGGACGACCGGAUAAAGAACGCCGACCAGCUCAUCGCCGUCGAUGUGGCCAAGUUCUCCAACAGCCUGGCUGAGGUCUACAGCAACCUGGCGAAGCCUCUGCUUGACAUGACUAUCUACACCUACUCAUUAUCCAACAGCGUCGGCGGUGAGGGUGUUGUCUUCAUGUCACUACUCGUCCAGUUGUCAGCGAACAUUAUGCGCGCGCUUACACCGCCCUUUGGCAAAUUCGUCGCUGAUGAGGCCCGUCUUGAGGGCGAAUUCCGCUUCCAGCACUCGCGUCUGAUCGAUCACGCAGAGGAGGUUGCCCUCUACAAUGGCCACGAAGCCGAGAAGGAUACCCUCGAUAAAGGCUACUUCACGCUCAUCAAGCACGUCAACUACAUCCUGCGCCGUCGCUUCUACCAUGGUUUCAUGGAAGACUUCGUCAUCAAGUACUUCUGGGGUGCUCUUGGUCUGCUCCUGUGCAGUGCGCCGGUCUUCGUGAAGAUGCCUGGCCACGUUGCCAUGAGCAUGGGUGAUCGCACCGAAAGCUUCGUAACAAACAGGAGAAUGCUGUUGUCUGCAUCAGAUGCCUUCGGCCGUGUUAUGUUCUCCUACCGCGAGGUUAUGGAGCUGGCUGGCUACACGUCGCGUGUCGACUCCUUGCUCGAGGUCAUGAACGAUAUUCGCUCUGGCCACUUUGAAAAGAAGCUGGUUUCGAGCUCUGGCACCGAAGGCAACGAAGCUGUUCUGAAGGGGCGAGGCACUGUCAUUGAGAGCGAAGACAUUGAGUUUAAGGAUGUCCCCAUCAUCUCGCCUAACGGCGACGUUCUGAUCAAGGCCCUCUCUUUCUCCCUCAAGCCCGGCGACCAUCUGCUGGUCGUCGGCCCCAACGGUUGCGGCAAAUCCUCGCUCUUCCGCAUUCUCGGCGGGCUUUGGCCCGUCUACGGUGGUACUGUUCGCAAGCCGCCUUUCGCCCACAUUUUCUAUAUCCCCCAACGCCCAUACCUCUCUCGCGGCUCCCUGCGCCAGCAAAUCACCUACCCCGACUCUCUUCGCCAAGUCCGCGCACGUGGUGUCACGGAUUCGGAUCUCGAUGCCAUCCUCGCCAUCCUCGGACUGGAGCACCUGCCAGCGCUGUACGACGGCGGGUGGGACGCCGAGGCUGAAUGGCGCGACGUCCUCUCCGGCGGCCUGCAGCAGCGCGUCGCCAUGGCGCGUCUGUUCUACCACAAGCCCAAGUACGCCAUCCUCGACGAGUGCACGAGCAGCGUGACGCUCGACACGGAAAAGGUCAUGUACGACACGGCCAAGAGCCUCGGCAUCACCCUCAUGACGGUCAGCCACCGCAAGAGCCUGUGGAAGUACCACUCGCGCAUCCUGCAGUUCGACGGACAGGGCAACUACGUCUUCACCAAGCUCGACCCGGAGCGCAGGCUGAAGCUGGAGGACGAGAAGGAGGAGCUUGACGUGCUUCUGCGACAGGUGCCUGAGCUGGAGAAGCGCGUUGCCGAGUUGACGGCGGCAUGA